AUGGCAAGUGAUUGGUUGUCAACGAGUGACAGUGGAAAUGGAUUGCAUAAUGCGAAUAAUACUUCGAAGCAAACGAUCGACUCCAUCGGACGAUCGUUGCAACACUUCGAUUGGCCUGACUAUGUGGUGUUUGCGUGGAUGUUGGUGAGCUGCAUCAUGAUCGGAAUCUACUUCGGAUACAGAAGCCAUCAGAAGCACAGGAACGGUGUACGAUCGUCGGGUAACGAGUCAGAAGCUCAAGAUUAUUUAGUCGGAGGCAGAAAGAUGCAGAUUUUUCCCGUCGCCGUUUCGUUGGUGGCAAGCUGGGUAUCAGGUGUACCAAUGCUGGGAAUUGCUACUGAAAUAUACCUAUACGGCACACAGUUCUGUUACAUCGUGAUUUCGAUUACGUUAGCAGGACUGCUGAUGUAUUACAGUUUUCUGCCAGUAUUCCACGAGCUCCAAAUCACUUCUACAUUUGAGUACCUUCAACUUCGUUUCGAUUCACGGAUGAGACUGUUUGGGUCCAUUUUGUUUACGUUGGCCGGUUUGCUGUGGAUGCCAAUCGUGAUCUACGUUCCUGCUUUGGCGUUUAAUCAAGUGACGGGAUUGAGUGUGCACAUAAUUACACCGGUCGUUUGCAUAAUUUGCAUGUUUUACACCAGCAUUGGAGGUCUAAAAGCGGUCGUUUGGACGGAUGUGGUCCAAUCCGGAGUGACAUUAAUGGCCUUGCUGGCAGUGCUCAUCAAAGGGACGUACGAUGUUGGAGGACUAGAGGAAGUGUUGAAUCGAAAUAUUGCUGGUGAUCGACUGGAAGCUCCAAGCUUUGAUCCGAAUCCCACACUCCGUCACUCUUUCUGGAUCAUGCUUUUUGGAGCGCCGGUGUGGGUAUGUGAAGGUUUGGCUUGUAGUCAGGCCAUGACUCAGAGGUUUUUAUCGCUACCUACCUUGAAAGACGCUCGAAAAGCUUUGAAGUGGUUUUUAAUUGGUUGGAUAAGUGUAAAUGUAAUAUUCUUCAUGAUCGGUAUGCUGGUGUAUGCCACGUAUUAUCGGUGUGAUCCUCUGACGACAAAGUUGGCCAGAGCAAAGGAUCAACUAUUGCCACUGUUUGUGAUGGAAACGUUUGCAGACUACCCGGGAAUGACUGGAGUGUUUGUAGCAGGUAUAUUUAGUGCAGCUCUCAGUUCGUUGUCAUCGGCAUUGAACGCUUUAUCUGCCAUCACGCUAGAAGACUUUUUCAAACCAUACAGGAAAAAGCCAUUGACAGAAAAUCAAACACGUUACAUUAUGCAAGGCUCUGUGUUGGUGUUCGGCAUCUUGUCGGUAUUGCUAUCUUUGUUGGUAGAGCAUCUAGGUACGGUGAUGCAGCUGGCAAUGACUUUAAGCUCUGCAUCUGGAGGAUCUCUUUUUGGACUCUUUGUCAUGGGUAUACUGAUGCCCUGGGUUAAUGGAACGGGAGCUCUAUAUGGAGGCGUUACUGGCUUGCUCGUGAUGCUGUACAUGUGUUACAAAGCACAAUAUUCGAUUGCUUCAGGCAGCAGGACAUUCGACACAAAACCGGUAUCGGUAGAAGACUGUCCUUACGAUUAUGCUUACAACUCAACUGCAGGAGUUACAGAAAUGGAGUCCGAGCUCGAACAGGUAGAGAAGUCAAUCUAUCACAUGUCUUACAUGUACUUUACGUUAUUCGGAACGAGCGUGACUUGUCUGGCAGGUACGAUAGUAAGUUAUCUUUCGAAACUUGGUGGAAGCGAUCGUCCUAAGUCGAUUGAUCCGAAACUAUUAGCACCGUGUAUUAGAAGGAUGCUUUGGAUGAAAGAAGAAUCAUCUAGAGAAACACCUCUUACGUUGCGAGCAAUUCCAAAAGAUUGUGGACAGGCUGAGACGAGCGACUCAGCUUCAAAACAAUCCGAAGAAGGGUGA